ACGAAUCGUUGCUAUGUUGCAAUCAUUCCAAAGUUCUUCUUCAUUUUUGGUGAAAUGGAAUCUGUUGUUGCUGUUCGUGAUGAAGAUUGAAGAAGAAGAUGAUGAUGUUAUCUGAUUUGAUGUUCUGUAAAUAAUAUUCGAUCAGAAUUCGUAGGCCCCAUGUUUCCCCUGCGACCACCAAAAUCCGGAGACUCGAUAAUUUUCUAACCCUACAGUUGAAUUUUUUUGGUUUCUCUCUCAAGAUUUGGUCCACCUUCUUCCUCCCUAUCCCUCCGUUCUCCCUCUAGACGUAUUCUAAUUGUUUUUUUAAAGGAUAUCGUGAUCCAUUAGAGAAAGUUCCUCAUAGGUGUUGAAACGAUUGCUAGUUUCUUGUGGAUCUUCUUUAUUUCUGCCCUCGAGUCUUUCCCAUGGCGGGAAUGCUAUAAAUUUUGAACUUCGUUCGAUACGGCGAUCGUGUUUUUGGUUAAGAUUUUGCGGUUUUGAGAUGCGUGUGUUUCAUCGUUUAUUGAUUUUUUAAAACCAAAAAUUCCCCUAAAAUUUUGGUUUCUACGGGUGAAUCGCAAGGUCUCUUGAUUGUUUUGAUAGAGAGAAAGGAGACAUAUGAAAGGCUAGGAAAUGGGGAAGAAAGGGUGGUUUUCUACAGCGAGGAGGGUUCUCAGUCUCAGUUCUGAGAAGAAAGAUAAGAAACAAGACAAAUCCAAGAAAAAAUGGUUUCAAGAGGAAGAGCAAGAGAGUACGGAUGUGAUAUCCUUUUUGGAACAAUCCCCAUCGGAUGUUCCUGUACAACCUCCUCUUAUAGAAGAUGAUGUCAAACAAACCCAACCAAAGAAUGAACGAAGCGUGUUCGAACGCUCCGAGGAUGUGGAGCCUGCUGUCAGUGCAGCUCAGCCGGAUGGGGAGGUUGAACGUUCACCUAGUAUUAUCUCCUGUCACCCAGAAAUGUCGGAGGAAGAUGCAGCUAUUAUGAUUCAAACUGCUUUUCGUGGAUAUACGGCAAGGAGAGCAUUGAGGGCUCUGAAAGCGUUGAUGAGACUGAAGUCAUUGGUACAAGGGCAGUCUGUCAAACGGCAAGUGGCUUCUUCUUUAAAAUCCAUGCAGACCCUUUCCCAUGUACAGUCAGAGAUUCGUGCUAGGAGAAUUAGAAUGUCAGAAGAAAAUCAGGCUCUUCAGCGGCAACUUCGUCUUAGACGCGAAAAAGAGCUUGAGAAGUUAAAACCUACAGCUAUGGACGAGGACUGGAACCAUAGCACCCAAUCUAAAGCACAAGUUGAAGCUAAACUAUUGAACAAGCAAGAAGCUGCACUAAGAAGAGAAAGGGCUCUGGCUUAUUCUUACUCUCAUCAGCAAACAUGGAAAAAUUCUUCUAAAACUGCAACCGACCCAAACAAUCCCCACUGGGGUUGGAGUUGGUUGGAGAGGUGGAUGGCAGCUCGUCCGUGGGAAACUCGAAGCAUCACUGAUCACCAAGAUAACGUCUCUGUCACGAGUAUGGCAACUCGUGCAUCUGUGGUCGACAUAAUCGAAGUUUAUGGUCGUCGUGAUCAGAACCUUGCAGCCCAGUCUUCCCCAAGGACUCCUACUAGCCAUAAGUCAAGCCAACUGCUUAGGCAACGGCCACCUUCAACUCUGAAGGCAUCAUCUUCAUCUGGCAGACAGAAAACAAAUUCGGCCAACCUGGGAUUAGGUAGCUGGGGCGGUGAUGAUGACUUGAGAAGCAUAGCGAGUGACAAGGCAAAGCUCUCCCGGAGGCAUACUAUUGCAGGGUCAUCGUUCAGGGACGACAAGAUCCUUGUCAGUUUACCUUCAGUUACAAGUUACACGAAUAUAUCGAAGGCUGUGAAGACUCGGUCCCGGUUGGCAAGUUCAUCUGGAGCAGAGAAGAAAGGCAGUACAUUUGAAAAAGGGUCUGCAAGUGCAAAUUCUGUAAAGAAGCGGCUCUCAUUUACCACUUCCCCCGCUAAACCAAGAAGGCUAUCAAGUCCUCCAAUUGUGAAUGCUUAGCCAAGAACAUUAAAAGAUGUGAAAGUUAGCAGCAGAGAGAGUGGUAAUAUCAAAAGGAAAGGAGGAAACAAAUUGAUUGAUCAUCGAGUUCGUCAAGUUCAUCGAUUCGACUAACAAUCCAUACUUUCACCAUCUGGUUUCUGGAACAGCUUCUACUUCCCCAUGUGAGUGAGCAAAUAUAUAUGCUUUUUUGCGAGCACCGAGCAUCGGUUUUUCGAGUGUCUUUCUUUAACUCUAUACCAUUGCUCUUCAUGAAAUUCUUGUUUGUAUAUAAUACUAAUAAGAUGUGAUUCUGGUGGCAUUUAUCUAUUGAAACCAUUUGUAAAUCUGUUUAUGAUAUUGUGAGUGAGGAUUCUUCUGGGUUUUGUUUUAAGAAUAGUUAUUUUGACUGUU